AUGCCAGCGAUGCAGGCUGAAUCCGUGCCAUUGACGGGAGUGGAAGCAGACUAUGUGGCACCCGCUGCCCGGGAUACCUACUUCGAAAAUGAGCCGAACCUCAUUGCACCCUUCGACUUUGAUUAUGAUAAGAUUAUUGACUUUACGACCACCCUGAGAUUUGCGCAGAUUAUGUUUUUGCCGCCCUGUUGGUGCAGCGUCUUUUGCUGCUCGCCCUGCUUCUUGAAGAAAAAUGUGGAGUGGGACACGCGCUCCCAGCACUUGGCUUUGACCAUCGAUGGGAUCAGGUACGUCAAGGAGAAGCGCAAGAUGUGCUGGGGCCUCCACUGCUGCGACCAGGGCCGUGAGAGCAAGACGGUGCCUUACGACAAGAUCACUGACUGCGACGUGCAGGAACCAGCGGGGACUGCUUGCUGCUGUUGCAUUCCGAACGUCCUCUCCAAAGUGCAUGUUGACACAGCCUCCAGCGGCGUUGGCGAAGGGGGCAAGUUGAGACAUGAACUGGAGUUUUACGGCUUGAUGGAUGCACAUGCUUUCAAGCACUCAGUGUGGGCCAUGAAACGCCGCGUGGCGCCCAGCGGGGCCCAGGUGCCGAUGGGCGGCUUGGCUCCGCCCAACCAGCAGGACAUGCAGACGACGCUGCUCACGGAGAUCCGGGAUGAGCUCAGGCUCUUGAAUCAGAAGAUGGAGAAGAAAUGA